UGCCUGCUUCAAUGGUUUUGUAAUUGUUCAAUUGGGUGAUUGUUUGGAGAAGAUGAUCAGCUUUGGCUUGGUGGUUAAUAUCAAGCUUAAUUAGCAGUUAAUUGCUAUGUGACUUUAAUUUCUUCCUGUUUUUGUAAUUUUCUUGCAGCAAUUAAAUUAAAGUGAUAUAUAUUGCUGUUAAGCAAAUCCUCCAAUCAAUGGCUGAUUUAGCUGGGCCAAGGUUGUAUGGCUGCUACAAGUGCCAGAAUCACGUUUGCUGUCAUGAUGAUAUUGUCUCUAAAGCUUUUCAGGCAAGCCGUGGCAGGGCCUUUCUGUUCUCCCAUGCAACGAACGUGGUCGUAGGGCCUAAAGAGGAUCGGCAUCUGAUCACAGGUCUCCACACAGUUGCUGAUGUACACUGCUGUGAUUGUGGGGAGGUAUUAGGCUGGAAAUAUGUCAAGGCUUAUGAGGAAUUGCAGAAGUACAAAGAAGGAAAAUUCGUUCUUGAAAAAUUUAAGAUUGUUAAGGUCAAUUGGUAGCAUAUGUACUCAUCAAUUUGGGUUGUGAAUGUACAAAGAAACUCUUAAUUUCCAAUUAGGAUAUGGUGGUAUCCUUUUGUGAAUAAUGAUAAUGUUGACCUUUUAUUCAUGAACGAAAAUUUUAUUUGUUAGACGAUUUGAUGUAUAAGUCAAUUUGUAAUCACGUUGACUUUUUAUUCAGAUUUGGUGGCGCCAACCCUAGCUUCGGUCGGGGCUGGUUAGCCAUUCUCCUUUUCCUCUC